AUGGCCACCAUUAACCCUGCGCCUGCAGCAUCUGCUCAGCUCCCUGGCGAGUUCAAAACUGAAUAUCAUCCUCGCUCUGGUCGCCAGACACUCUUCCAACCUUUUGAUCAAUUUGGCAUCUCCCCAGAGGCGCAGGAUGCGCCUAUUGUUGACAAAGAACCAUGGCGUCCUUUCAGAUCGCGUGGGGACUUCGAAUUUUCCGAGAUCACAAUUGAAGCUGCACUCAACAAGUCUCAAAUCAACGCACUCCUCAGUCUCAUCACGCACAUAUCUGAAGGCCAUGCUCAGAUAACUUUGAAGAACGAAGCCGAUCUCUCGAAGGCAUGGGAUAAUGCCGCAGCUGAAUCAACACCAUUCUCAAAACACGAAGUUGCUGUGACAUACAAGAAGAAUGAGCAAGUGUACGAAGUUCAUGCACGGCCUAUCUGGGACUGGGCACUUGAUUUAUUGGAUAACCCAUUGCUUGCACCUCACUUUGUCUGGGAUGCGUGUCGUGUUUACAAGCACAAUGGCGCGCAGUUCGAGCGUUUCUUCGAUGAACCAUGGACUGGAGAUAGGUGGUGGGAUAUUCAAUCUUCUCUUCCUGACAUCAACGGCGCUGUCCCAUUUUGUUUCAUUCUGUACGCUGACAAGACAAAGUUAUCAUCCUUUGGUACAGUCAAGGGGUACCCAGUCGUGGUACGAUGCGCGAACUUACUUACACAUAUUCAGAAUGGUGAGGCAUUUGGUGGUGGCCGCAUUGUCGGAUGGUUACCUAUCGUUCCUGAGGAUGCAGGUGAAGAAGGUAAACUUGGCUAUACAACACUGAAACGUGUUGUAUGGCAUGAAUCGUUCAAGAAACUCCUGGAACACGCCGCACAGUACUCAAAGACUGGGUAUUCGCACAAGUGCCACAACGACAUUUUGCGAUGGCUAUUUCCCGUCAUAUUAAUUCUUUCAGCUGACUACAAAGAACAGUGCAUGAUGUCGCUCAUACGUGGCCGCGGCGGCAAGUGCCCUUGCCCCGUGUGCUUGGUACCAUUAGAAGAGCUCCACAAUCUAUCGAAGACCCACGCCCUUAGAUCCAUUGGGGAAGCAAUGGAAGCGCUUCGUGUCUAUAAGUGCAGCAAAGCUCAAGAAUAUCUUUUGGAUCAUAUGUAUUUGGAUCCACAUGAUGCGCUCAGCUUUGAUCGAUUACACUCAUUGCAUGGCGGCCUUUGGAAGCACCUUCUUGGUGAAUUGAAGAAAAUCCUUGCCCUUUUUCACAAUCUGAAUCAUUUUGCAGGAUUGAUGACUUCCCUUGAUGGCGCAACCUCAACCACUUCAAAUCUGCUAUCAAUAUCUCAUUUUCCGAUGGAAACAACUGUUUUGCGAUCAUAUAUGUCACUUAUUAUCUUGAAGCAAACCUUAUAUGCAUGUUUGAAUCUUCUGACCCCCAGAACCUCCCCAGAGGGCCACCAGCUACUUCGUGUCAUCAGUACUUAUCUCCAGCUGGACAGUUUGAUUGGCCUCGAUGUACAUACUGAGGGCACACUCGCGGCAAUCGAAGCCGAACUCCUCAUUUUUGAUAUGGAACUCAAGGCCUAUGUUACAUGCGCCGAAUCAUCCGACAUCGAGAAAUUGAAGCUCGACUGGAAUUUUCCAAAGACACACUUAUGGAAGCACAUUGUUCGCGAUAUCCGACGCAAAAGAGCAGCGUGUAAUUACAGUACACGUCCCAAUGAAAAGCUGCAUGGCCCCCUCAAGGACACCUACUAUCAUCAAACAAACGGAAAGGAUGUUGCCAGGCAGAUCCUUUGUGUUGACCACCAUAAAUUUGCCCUGAUGCUCUUGAGGGAACGUGUUGACAUGGUUGACGAAUACAAUCGGUUGCAAGCGCUUGGAGAUGAUCUUCCUGACGAAGACAUUGCUGUUGCCUUCAGUGGUCACGUGAAGCUUGGCGCACCAACACAGAAUCCUGUGUCAAUCCUUGAUCUUGAGAACCGCAGCACAGUGGAUCGCUCAUUUCAAGCUUUUCAGAGGAAGUUUACUGAAUUCAUCAACACCUCUCUGCCUACCUAUGGGCAUCAACUCACGAACUGGAUUACAUUUCCAGCUGAUUAUCAGAUUCAUGAACACCGCUAUCUCAAGGUCAAUUACGAGUCAAUGGUUGACUGGAAGCAAACCACUGAUCACCUCCGGUGCAACCUGCAAUUCCCACGGGCUGCUGCGCUUACAGCAGAUGAAACAAUCUUUGUUCGACUAAUACUCUUAUUUAGAUGCUCUAUCUCGAACCUUGGGUCUUUCGAGUUUGCCCUCGUUCAGCCUUACACUGUGAGAAUCAAUGGUUCUCGCAGAAUGGACCAUUUCUUCAAGCUCACUCGUGUGAAGGCCCUCCCUAGGGCAUCUUCAAUAUUCGUUCCACUCAGUUCUUUCAUUCGAGGUACCAUUUUGGUUCCCGACGCUGAUCAUCAAGAUGAACACCUCGUUGUCGACCACCUUGAUAGUGAUAUGUUUUCUUCGAAUGAGGGCUUGGGUAUGGUAAAUUCCACAGUCUCCAUCAUUCUCUUCCAUGUCACUGCAGUAGCCUCCCACCAGACCUUCCUUCCGCCCUGCUAUCCUACUCCAGCACCUGCACAAAUGUCCCCAUCCUCACCAAAGUAUUCUCCCACAUACUUCCCAGCUCAUAUUUCCACACCAGUUGACCCCAAAUCCCACUAUGUAUUACUCGCAUAUUGUAAGAUUCUCUGCCCAGCUACUAACUCAACUAUCACUGACCUUUUUUUAGCCCCUGCUUCUCCCGCCUAUAGCCCAACAUCAUCUGCCUUCAAGUUCGGCACAGAACAGCCAUAG